AUGUAUAGACAUGAAAAUUGUCAUUCUGAAUUAAGAACUGAUAGCGUGAAUUACAUAUCAAUGAACAAUACAGAAUUCGAAGCAUUUUUGGAUACAGACUUCAAUAAUAUGGAUGAAUACAUAAAUCGAAUGUCUAAACUAGGUAGUUAUGCAGAUAAUCUCAUCAUUCAAGCAACUGCCAUCGUCAUUAAACGAAAUAUUGUUAUUCAUCGUGCUGGCGAUACAGCCAGCUUCAUAUCUACUAAAGAAAAUACAAAUCAACAAGUUCAUAUUGUGUACCAUCGACAAUCUCGACAUUACGACAGUGUCCAUCACUUAGAUGGAUCACCACAUCAAAUUCCUUUAACUCAUGUUCGUGUGGUUUAA